AUGGGCGGGCUAAUAUCGCAGGACCUCGCGAACUUGGCGUGGGCGUACGCAGCGGCGGACCACCUCGCACCGGCCCUUUUUGGCGGCCCCGCUUUCGUCGUCAGCCUCUGCAACUGCUGUUCUGGCCUCGUGGUGGAGGAGCUGUCUCAGCUGCACCAGUGGCAGGUCUGGCUCCGGGAGCGCGGCGUGGACUGGCCGCAGCUUCCCCUCCCUCUCAGCCAGCGCUGCUGCGAGGCCUUCCACAGCGUCGAAGUUACGCCAUCGCGACUGCAAAGCGACGUCGCCAGCACGCUUCGUUCCCUCAACCUCUCGCCCAUGGAGGAGAUGCGCACGAUGGAUCAAAUCAGCCUCGAUGCGGUUGUCACCUAUCGCGGGCACAACGUGGCGGUGGAGGUGGAUGGGCCGUUGCACUUCUUUGGACAGCGGCCCACCGGCGCAACGGCCCUCAAGCGGCGGCAGCUGCGCGCGGCGGGAUGGCCGCUGGUUUCAGUUCCGUUCUGGGAAUGGGACCGGCUGGAUGGCAUCCACGCGAAGUGCGAGUACCUGCAUUGGAAGCUGGAGGCCGCGCUGUAUGACUAUGAGUACUCGUGA